AUGGGAGGAAUGAAAGAUGAGGCGAAGAGGAUAACAAUUCCUCCAUUGUUCCCAAGGGUUCAUGUCAAUGAUGCUGCAAGAGGAGGCUUGUCUAAGCCACUUGAUGGCAAAACAAUGUCUCCAUAUAAACAUUCCACUGAAUCUCCUUCCACUCUCUCACUGUCUCUUCCUCCUCUAGCCAACAACGCCCAUCUGACUGAUCGACCUGAAAUGAAUCAGUUUUCACCAAUCUACAACAUUUCUCCAGCAUCAAAGCUUGAAAGGAAUGUGAAUAAAAAUAAUCCUAGAGGAUCAUCAGUUACUAAGCAUAGUUCAAUAAACCAAAAUGAGUACUAUUUCAAGAACCUAACCAACUUGGAUUCUCUUAAGGUUCCUGUUUUUAGACGCUCACAGACAGAUCCAAAAGCAAACACAGAUUUGUCACUAAGUACCAGCAAAGCCAGCGGAGAAGCUGGUGGUUCCAAACCAGUCCUGAACAAUCUUCAUAUUCGAGAGUUACUUUUGCCUGAAUGUUUGGAAGAUGAAAGCAAGAAUGAGUCUCUUAGUGUGAUGAAAACUCAACUAUAUAGAAGAAGAGCCCCUGAAGAAUUUAACGUUGAUGCUCAGAAGAAACCUAAAACUGUGCCUCAGCGUGAACAUGAUGCCUCAGAUUGCUCUGGAGUAGACUCUUUGUCUGGUAUGAGUGCAGCUUCUCUUGAUGUUGCCAGAGUGAUAGGUGAAAAGAGAUUCUGGAAGAUGAGAACUUAUAUGAUCAAGCAGCAGAAGAUAUUUGCGGCGCAAGUCUUUGAGCUGCAUAGACUGAUAAUGGUUCAGAAAAUGGUUGCAAAGUCACUAAACUUGGGUCUCAAAAGUAAUAUAAAUGGUGGUAAACGUUGCACAAUGAGGUCAUCAUCCCAAUCCCAUCUGCUGGAUAUAGCUGCUUCAAAGUCUAAAAAAACAAACACAGAGAAUCACAAACCUAUAACCGAAGAAUAUCCAGAGCAUAUGAAACCAAAGCUUCCUUUACCUUUCAUAAGCAAAGAGCUCUUGACACCAAUUUGGCAACAACAGCUACUUCCUCCUCCUCAUGGAAACCAAUGGUUAGUUCCUGUAAUGUCUCCUUCAGAAGGUCUGGUCUAUAAACCAUACGCAGGACCAUCUCCUCCUCCUCCUUCAGCUUUCAUGGUUCCAAUCUAUGGACAAGACUCACUCGCUACAGCAUCCAGAUUCCCUGCUUCUACUCAGUUUAGCCACAACUACUUCCCACCGAGGACAGCACUUGACCAGACAAACCCAUUUGGUCAGCUUAAAAGAUGGUCUAACACAUCUAGCCACAUGACUCAAGCGAUUCCAUUUUCUUUAAAGAAGUCUCAGGAAUCUAAUGACAGUGAGGUCCAUGGAAGUACAGCUUCAAGUCCACCAGAGAAGCAUAGAUUUGAUGUCCUUCCGCUUUUUCCUACAGAGCCUACUCGUCACACUGAUGAGUAUGAGCAGAAACAGCAACCGCUGCAUCAUGCCAUUAAAGCCAUUCCUCAUAAAUCAACAUCUGCCUCUGAAUCUGCUGCAAGAAUAUUCCGUUCUAUUCAGGAAGAAAGGAGGGACUCAGAUCAUAUGAUUAGUUAG